AGGGGUCCAGAUAAGAUAUGGACUGAAAAUUUCACUGCUAAUGUAAAAAAUGAUCAUCUACUUGAAAUCCACUUAUUCUGGGCUGGCAAAGGAUCUAUUUACAACUACCCUUUUCUUAAUGGGCCUCUCAUAUCAGCUAUCUCUGUUACUCCAAACUUCAAAGUCGUAGGAUUAUCUAAAGUGGAGAUAAUAGGGAUUGUUAUCGCUGCGGUAUCAGCUUUAUUACUUUUAUUGGCUUUCAUGUGGACAAUGAUAUGGCUAAGAGACAGAGAGUUGCGCGUGGCCAACAUUGAGAUCCGAGGCAAGUUUUACAGCCUUAAACAAGUGAAAGAUGCUACUGGGAAUUUCACAAGCAAGAACGAGAUUGGCAAGGGGCAGUUCGGGAUGGUAUACAAGGCUGAACUGCCGGAUAAGAAUAUUGUAGCUGUGAAAAAGCUUUCGAAGACGUUAAAGUUUAAACUCAUAGGAACUGAAGUGUAUGCCUUUAAACAAAAAAACUUGAGACAUGAGAAUAUUGUGGAACUAUUGGCUAUCUCUUCUAGAGAUGAUCUAAAUUUGAUAAUCUACGAAUAAAUGGAAAGAGGGUCGCUGGAACAAGUCUUGUUUGACUCAAAAUCUGAGGUACAGCUUGAUUGGCAGACAAGAGUUAAGAUCUGCCUUGGAGUAGCCAAAGGUCUGCAGUGUAUACAUGAAGAUGGGUAUCUUCACAGAAAUGUUAAAGCCAGUAAUAUUUUGCUGGAUGAAAAUCUUAAUGCUAAGGUAUCAGACUUAGGACUGGCAAAGCUUUAUAAUGAAGAAGAUCCGUUUUGGUUCCUCAAAGAAAUAGGGACAAGAGUAAACACAGCACCUGAGUCUGCAACAGGGCAAGCAGAUACAAAUAAAGCCGAUGUUUAUAGUUACGGCAUUCUUUUGCUUGAAAUAGUCAGUGGGAAAAGUAAUUCAAAACAUGAACAAAACCAAGAGACUACUUUUCUUUUAAAUACGGCUCGUAUCUGUCAUAAGAGGAAAAGGCUUUUGGACUUGGUGGAUCCAAAAUUGCCCAAUAAUUGCCGAAAGCAAGCCCUUGAAAUCUUGGAUUUGGCAAUGGAAUGCAUCAGUGAUUCACAUGAUCUCAGGCCAACAAUGUCAAAUGUUGUGAAUAAACUUACUGAGACUGAAAAUCCAGUUAAAGAAAUGAUUCAGAAGGGUGAUUCAGUAACUAUAGAAGGAUGAGGAGAUGUUUGAUAAAAAGAAGUGGUGCAGAAGCAUCUUAAAAGUCUGUUAAAAGCCUGGGAUGGGAAAGUUCGUUGCUUUGACAGAAAACGGAAGUUAACAGAUGUGUGUGUUAGUUAAUUAAGUGUGCUGCGUGUUCGUUAUUAGUUAGUUAAUGAAGUGCUGCGUUUUGGUUA